AUGCUCUACCUUGUUGGCCUGGGUCUUGCUGAUGAAACUGACAUCACUGUCAAAGGCUUAGAGGUGGUCAAAAAGGCCGAAAGGGUCUACCUCGAGGCAUACACAAGUAUUCUGCUUGUGAACAAGGAAAAGCUAGAAGCUUUCUAUGGACGCCCUGUUAUUGAAGCAGACCGCGAAAAGGUCGAGACUGGAAGCGAUGAGAUCCUCGCUGGAGCAGAUAAAGCAGAUGUCGCGUUCCUUGUAGUCGGCGAUCCUUUCGGCGCCACAACCCAUACAGAUCUCGUUCUGCGCGCCCGCGAACUGGGCAUCGAAUCCAAGGUCAUCCCGAAUGCCUCGAUCAUGUCCGGAAUUGGCUGCACCGGACUGCAGCUGUAUAACUUCGGACAGACCGUUAGUAUGGUGUUCUUCACGGAUAACUGGAAGCCCUCGUCCUACUACGACAAGAUCAAAGAAAACAUCCAAAUAGGACUUCAUACCCUCGUGCUUUUGGAUAUUAAAGUCAAGGAGCCUUCGUACGAGAACAUGGCCCGGGGACGAAUGAUCUAUGAGCCCCCGAGGUAUAUGACAGUUGCGCAGUGCGCCAGUCAGAUGCUGGAGACCGAGGAGGAGCGAAAGGAAGGCGUUUACGGACCUGACAGCCUCGCGGUCGGAGCCGCAAGAGUUGGAGCACCGGACCAGAAAUUGGUCGUAGGAACUUUGAAGGAAUUGUCAGAGGCUGAGAUGGGCCAGCCUCUCCACAGUCUCGUUUUGCUGGGAAGGAGAGCUCACGACCUGGAGAGGGACUACAUCCGGCAAUAUGCUGUGGACCAAGCGACCUUUGAUGCCAGUUGGCAGAAGGGAUACGGAGCUAGUUCAUAA